AUGGAGGUUGCAAGCACACUGCUCGAGGUUGCGCGAAAGACACCACUCUCGAUCUUCGCCUUGGGAACAAUCUUAUCGCCGGUGUUUCUGAUUGCGUGCUUGGCUGUUUAUCGUCUCUUCUUCCACCCACUAUCGAAGAUCCCAGGCCCACUGUCGCAGAAGCUUUCUGGAUUUCCUCGAAUAUGGCAUUGCAGGCAGGGAGAUCGUUUCCUUCGCGAGAUGGAAACACAUGACCGAUAUGGCAGUGUGAUUCGAAUCGCACCCAAUGCGCUCUGCUUCAACACUCUGUCAGCCCUGCAGACAAUCUACACGAAAGACAGCAAUGUCUUCAAAGGCGACGAGUUCUACGGUCUGCUGGAUGGCGGUGCAGAAGGUGGACGCAGCAUCAUGAUGGAGGCGGACAACACAGCCCACGCAGCAAGACGCAGGGUACUGGAUAAGGCUCUUCCACCAAGAGACCAGGCAUUCCGUGACUUGAACGCCCUGUCGAAGUCAUUCGCCUACGCUGUAUUUCAGGAAGGUAGCGCAGACGACAAAGGCUGGUCCAAACCCAUCGACGUGGCACCAGUCUCUGCCUGGUUCAGCUUCGACUUGAUCGGUACAAUCGCCUUCGGCAGUCCGCUCGAUAUGCUCCACGAGAAGGAGUAUCGCUGGGUGCCUAAAUGCCUUCAGAGCGCCAGCAUCUUCUUGUUCUGGGGCGGAUAUUCACCGUUCCUCAGCUUCUGGCAGUGGGUACUGGGGACGAGAAUUCCUUCCAUCUUGCGACUUCAGACUCUUCAGAAUGCGCAGAGAUACGCGGACUUUGCAGAUUGGAUGUUCCACAGGCGUGCGGAGAAAUUGAAUACGGGAGAUGAUCUGGAAUCGAAGAGGGCUGACAUCUUCCAGGGGCUGUUGCGCAGUAAAUUGUACAACGAUCUGGAGAUGAGGGCGGACAGCUCCUUAUUGAUUGCCGCUGGGAGCGACGCAAUCCGCCUGACCAUUGCCGCAACGAUUUUCUACUGGCUCAAGAAUCCUGAUACUUUCGAAAAGGCAGCUGAAGAGAUUCGCGGAAGCGUGGCAUCGCCAGACGAAGUGUCAGAGUCCGUGCUGGCCUCCCUGAAGUACCUACGAGCCUGUAUCGACGAGACCAUGCGGCUUUCUCCCGCAAAACCCAGUAGCUUGCCCCGAGAAGUCAUGGAAGGCGGCAUCGUCGUUGAUGGCAUCUACGUGCCAAAAGGAGCCACUGUUGGCGUUUCAGUCUACGCUUUGCAUCACGACCCAGACAUCUAUCCCGAGCCGUACAGCUACGAUCCGGAAAGAUGGCUCAAGCAAUCGCAGGACCGACGCAUGCAAGCAACAUUCUGCCCAUUUCUGAAGGGACCCCGAGCUUGUCCAGGAAAGACCAUGGCGUACUUUGCGAUGCAGUUGGCGUUAUUCCAUCUUGUGUACGGAGCGCCGCAGGGUGGUGUCACAGCGGAUGGGAGAACCAGUCGCCAUCGACUUCGCCACCGUGAAGGCGAGUAUCAGUUCAAUGACUGGAUUCUGGGUUAUGCAGAUGGUCCGGAGGUUCAGUUCAAAGCGAGGGAGUGA